CGUCUUCUGAUCUCCUAUAAUUGAAGGUUGAAAAGACGUGCAAACGAGUUAAAAUGAAACGAGGAAGGAGUUAUCUCGACCUCAGGUACAAGUUCAUCCGAGGUUUGAUUGAGUAUGAGGGAUACCAGAGGAACUGUGUUUAUUUGAAAUCAGCAGCAGAAUGGACAUCCAAAGCCAUCAUUUCCCUGGAGCUGUCCCAGGAACCUGUGAAAUCUGUCAACCAGGCAGCCAAAUUAGAGGGGAUAGGGAAAGAAUUGUCGGAAAAGUUGAAGGAGAUGACGGGAUUCAAACACCUAAGCAAUAAAGCGCCACCUGCUGGCAUGUUUGUGAGUUCAGCUCCUGCAUUCCUUGUGGCCAUGCUGAAUCUCACUGAAGUACAAUCUCUUCAAGAUAACAGUCCAAAGGAAAACAUUUUGAUACCAGAGGCUAUGCUUAUAGAAGAAGCUGCAAAGUUGUGUGAGGAAAAGUUUAACCACAUACCUAAAGCAUUCUGCAUGGCAGCUUGGAGGUUGAACGUCCUGUGUAACAGAGACUUGAUCAAGAAGAGGUCUUUGGCCCAAACACCAGUCUAUCAACUGCUGCCACUUGGGGAAGAAGAGGCUACCAGACUGAGGGCAACAUUCCAGCCUAGCUCCACACAAAAAACAGGGAGCAAUAUGGCGGAGAAAGAGGAGGAUCAGCAGUGUGGAACUCUUUACACUAAUGAUGACGGCUCUGAUGGCCUGGUCAUUUUGGUGGACACACAGGAGUUUGGAGGUGACCACAGAGGACUUGGACAGUUAAUAGACCUAAUCAAGCAAACAGGACUGAGGUAUCGGACCAAAAAGUUGGCGUGUGGAGAUUAUUCCUGGUUACUGAGAUGUGGGGGUGAGGAGAGAGUGAUGCCACUACUGGUAGAGAGGAAGAGAGCAGAUGACCUGGCAAAAAGCCUAGUAGAUGGCAGGUAUGGGAAGCAGCGCCGGGAUAUGGUGAAAUGGAAGGCAGCGUUCACGUCCCAAGGUGUCCCUGCUGUGCUGAAGUACAUCUUGGAGUCCAGGCCAGAGCAGUUUGUGGUGCAGUGUGCUGAUGGGUGUGGAGGAGUGGGCAAGUGUGGCUACCCAAGUGCUUUACAGUUAAAUAAAGCUAUUGAAGAUCUGGAAAAUUGCCAAGAUUUUGAAGUUUUGAAGACGGACAACAUUGGUCACACUGUGGAAAUGCUGGCAAUAAUAACUGCAGAACUGCAGCAGAGGUCGGACUGUGGUGAGUUUGAUGACCUAAUAAUGAAGGACAUUAACCCAGACCAAUUCAUGUCCACUCGAAUAGAGUCGGCUGCAACGGGUUCAGAAGGCUCAGAAAGGGGGAAUACCUCAGCAAAGGCCAACAACUUCAAGAAAAGGCACAAAACCUCUGCUACUGUUACGUCUGAAGAGCCCAGCAUGUCACAUUGGGCAGAUGAGUUACUGGUUGACGCGAGUGUGGACCAGCACAAAACUAGAGAUUCAGUGAAACACACUGAAAGCAAUGAUGAUGAUGAUGAAAAUAGUAUUUUCAGAAAGAGCCAGUUGUUAUCAGGGGACUAUGAAAAAUUGCCCAAUGUCACAGAGAAGCAAACUAUGAAGGUGAGACCACAACAGAGCAACAACAGCAGAAGCCAACAAGAGAAAAAUAACAAUUACCUUACUGUUGAAGAAGAUGAAGCCCCCAUACAACUUGCCCAAUAUCACUCUACACCAGGGACAUCGGUCAACGUUCCUCUGGUCAAGAAACCAAAACCAGUCCCCACAAUUCACAUCCAGGAGGGAGUGCUGCCGAAAAUCAUAGGUAGAUACCAACCCGAAAGUGACACUGCCCAGCCAACAACCACCAUCAAGGCAGGGCCAAGUAUGCAAGGUGCUUUUAAGACUGGUGAGAACUAUAACAAAACUCCAUGGGUAAGACCACCAGUUUCAUCAUCUUUGGGUUCUGCUAGCGCAGUGCCCAAGGUAUUAGGCAAUCCACAUAAAGCAAUCACUGCAGGCAGUGAGAGUGUCACUGCUGACGAUGACAAUUUUGCUGCUAGUAGUGUGUCAGUGACUGGUAAACAACAUAAACCUGCAACGACAAUAACAAGGAAGGCCUUUUCUGACACCUCUAACAUCACAGAGCAGAAAGCAACUUCACCAGGAGUCCCGAGGAGAGUGCCAAAGCUUAAAAUGAGUUAUCACCUCAACUCCCCAGAAGUCACACCAUCCUCAACAGCCAGCACUCCAUCAUCAAGUAUAGGUGCUAGGAUAUAUUUGAUGAAGACCCCACCAGGAAAGGGAGCCAGUUCUUCCCCAAAGUCACCUCCUUCAACUGGUGCUCCAGAAGGCGGCAAGGGGCAGGUCGCUGUCAGAAGAACUGUUUUUAGCGAGUUGUCUGAUGAUGACAGCAAUCAAGGUCUGCCAGACCUCACCACCUAUUCUACCAGCAAAGGUCCACGUGUUAAGAAAACAAAGAUAGAAACGGCCUCUAGUGUACUCACAGAUUUUCAUUCGGUGAAAUAUGGUUCAAAUGCCUCUUCCGAUAAAAGUUGCAGUAUGACCGCACAAUGUAAUAAUGAAAGACUUCAGGUGGAAUUUGACAACAAAGUCCAAACAUUGUUGGGCAUUCUGCCUCAUGUCAGCCAGGAGAGAGCCAUCUCCGCUCUGCUGGACUGUAACAUUGAUGUGGAGAGGUGUGUGUCAGUUCUGUUGGAUGAGGAGGAAGCUGGGGGUCCAAGCAGUGUGGUGGACUUGACAUAGAUGUCACAGUAAUCUUAAAAAGAUUUUUUGUAGAUGGACAUGGUGCACACAUACGUGAUAAGCACAGCCUUUUUUUAAGAGUU